UUCUCAGAUGGGAAACAUUCGACACAAAAUCAAGAAGAAAAAAAUGUAACAUUUCAACUUAUUGGAGCAAGACUCCCCCGUGUGAAAGUCUCAUGGACCUGUCCAUCCUCACAACCUGGUCAAGUGCUUAAACGGUUACAUAUUCUUGCUUUUUACCUGGGUCAAGCCCAAAAAGUCCACUUUCUUUUUACAAUGUGGGUCUUGCUGGUGCUCGUGUUGGCCCUUGCUGCAGGAGCAUCAGAAACCAACGACACAGCAGCUGAGAGAAAACCAGUCAUAGCUCGAGGUAAACUUCUGGCUCCUAGUGUGGUCGGAUGAGCCAUAAAGAAAAUGCCGGAGCUCCAACACUUUCUGCUGGAGCGAUGGGCUUUGUACCACAACUUGGAAUACGAUUCAUCAGAGGAGAAAAAUCCCCGUCUGAUAUUUUAUGAUGACAAGGAUACAGUUGUACAGACCGUCCCUGUGGACAAAAUGAAGGCAGAAGAGAUCAGCAGCCUGCUGGACUCACUGGGUUUCUACAAGAGGUCCCAGAAAGGGGAACAGGUACCAGAGGAGUUCCAGAACUUCCCCCUGCACGCCCCCAGGGACGAGCUGUGAUGACCCCUCCUGGUCAAACCCUGCAGCUGCACCCAGACCGCUUAAUGACGAGUGGGGCUUCAAGGCUGCACCUGGAGCCAGGCUCCUCUCUGAGGACUCGCUGGCUGUCUGCAGCUUGCAGGGUGUUGGUCAUCAGAGAUGCAUCAUGUUUGCUUUUAAUACGUCAAUAAAUAAUGCAAAAGAAACCCGUUUUUUUUUAGCAACACGCAAACACCACAAAUGGUUUCA